AUGUCGGUGGUGCUGCUAGCUGCGGUGGCCUGCAUUCAGCUCCGUCCUUAUCAAAUAGAAGGUGUAAAGUGGCUGGUGCAAUGCCACGAAGUCCAGCAUGGCUGUAUCCUGGGAGAUGAGAUGGGUCUUGGGAAGACUUGUCAGACUAUUUCUCUACUUCUUUAUUUGACAAAAAAAAUAACUGACAAGGAGAGAUUUCUGAUACUUUGUCCCCUGUCUGUUCUGAGCAACUGGAAGGAGGAAUUGGAGAGGUUUGCUCCAGGUCUUUCCUUUGUGACAUACAUAGGCAACAAGGAGGAACGACCCAAACUGCAGCAGAACAUGAAAGAGCAAUCUCACUUCCCUGUGCUUUUGACAACCUACGAGAUCUGUCUGAAAGAUGCAGCAUUUCUAAAAUCAUUUAACUGGGCUGCCUUGGUUGUGGAUGAAGCUCACAGACUGAAAAAUCAAAGUUCUCUGCUUUACAAGACGCUUUCUGAGUUCUCAGUAGGCUUCACCCUGCUACUCACAGGCACUCCAAUCCAGAACAGCCUCCAGGAACUGUACUCCUUACUCAGCCUUAUUGAGCCUGAUAUCUUUCCUAGGGAAGAAGUGAAGGAGUUUGUUGAGUAUUACCAAGGGAUUGAAAAGGAGAGUGAGCCAGCCAAAGAAUUGCACAGUCUUCUGCAGCCAUUUUUGCUUCGAAGAGUCAAAUCUGAGGUGGCUGCUGAGCUGCCAAAGAAGGUGGAAGUGGUUCUGUACCAUGGAAUGUCAGCUCUGCAGAGGAAAUACUACAAGGCCAUUUUGACUAAAGAUCUAGAUGCAUUUGAAAGUGAAACAGGAAGGAAGGUUACACUUCAGAAUGUCUUAAUUCAGCUUCGGAAGUGUGUUGCCCACCCGUACCUUUUCAAUGGUGUUGAGCCAGAACCCUUUGAGAUUGGAGACCAUAUUGUUGAAGCCAGUGGCAAGAUGUGCUUGUUGGAUAAGCUCCUUUCAUUCUUGUAUGCUGGUGGCCACCGUGUCUUGCUCUUUUCUCAGAUGACUCAACUGCUUGAUAUCCUGCAAGAUUACAUGGACUAUAGAGGUGGAGUUGGCAUGAACCUUACAGCAGCAGAUACAGUUAUUUUUACUGAUAGUGAUUUUAACCCACAAAAUGACCUACAAGCAAUAGCAAGAGCUCACCGGAUUGGACAGCACAAGCCUGUAAAAAUUAUCCGCUUGAUUGGGCGAGAUACAGUUGAAGAAAUAAUCUACCGAAGAGCUGCUUCUAAACUCCAGCUGACAAAUGCCAUUGUAGAAGGGGGUCAUUUUGCUCUGGGAGCACCCAAGCCUCAGGGAGCAGCAGAGUUACAGCUGAGUGAAAUCUUGAAAUUUGGCCUGGAUAAAUUGCUGUCCUCUGAGGGGAGUACUAUACAAGAUGUGGAGCUAGAAAACAUCCUUGGAGAGACAAAAGGAGGGAAGUGGGUAAUGGAUGUUGUGCUACCAUGUGAAGAAGAGACUGAAGAGGACACAGAGAAUCACAUGUAUGUAUAUGAAGGCAAAGAUUAUUCAAAAGAACCCAGCAGAGAAGACAAAAAAGCAUUUGACCAGCUUUUGGAUCUUCAAAAAGCCUUGACUGAAGAGGCCAGUAAGGAAGGGAGAGCUCUCCGGAACAAAGCAAACGCACUUCUCACAGGCCUUCGUGAGCAGCCAAGCAGGAGGAAGCACUUGCUGAGCACAGAGGAGCUGGAGGCUAGGAGGAAGAAGCGCCAAGAAGCAGCAGCAAAGAGAGCAAAGCUCAUGGAGGAAAAGAAGAAGGCAAAAGCAGAGGCAGAACACAAGAAAAAGAUGGCUUGGUGGGAGGCAAAUCAUUACACAUCUGUGUGCCUUCCUUCUGAGGAAAGUGACUCUGAGGAAGACUUUGAGAAGGAUGAGGCUCGGCUGAAUGUGGAUUUAGAUUACAAAGAUGCAGACCUGAACUGUAUCAAAUAUGUCAUGGGAGAUGUCACCUACCCGAAAGCAGAAGAGGAGGAUGCCAUCAUUGUCCACUGCCUAGAUGACUCUGGCCACUGGGGAAGGGGUGGUUUAUUUACAGCUCUGGAGGCUCGUUCUUAUCAGCCAAGGAAAAUAUAUGAGAUGGCAGGAAAGAUGAAAGACCUGGAGUUAGGAGGAACCCUGUUAUUUCCCAUUGAUGAUAAGAAGUCCAGGAAAAAAGGACAAGACUUGUUGGCCUUGAUUGUGGCUCAGCACCGGGAUCGGUCCAACAACUUGUCUGGCAUUAAGCUGUCUGCUUUGGAAAAGGGCCUGAAGAAAAUUUAUUUAGCAGCCAAGAAAAGGAAUGCAACAGUACAUCUGCCACGUAUUGGGUAUGCAACAAAAGGUUUCAACUGGUACGGUACCGAGCGGCUCAUCCGAAAAUAUUUGGCAACACGGGGCAUCCCCACUCUUAUAUACUACUUCCCUAGGAAUAAAGGCACUUCCUCUGCUUCAUCAGCAUAUUCAUCUUCAAUGACAGUCUCAAAGCCAUGA